AUGAACGUCAUUUGGCUCCUCAGCCUCUUCUUUGGGCCGAUUCUUCUUCUUAUCGUUUUUCUGGCGUUAUCGUCCUGUCUCGGGGACGGUUUUCGUGCCCGCCUUGCCGGCUUUCCUGCUAACACUAGGGAGGGCGCCUACGGUCGUAGUUAUUUACGAACAAUGACAAAUAGCGGCUCCGCCAUGUCCGAGCAUGUUGAGCUUGAGGAUAUGAUCAGAGAUCAGGUGGAUUAUUAUGACAGCGAUGAUCCGAGAUAA